AUGGCUGCAAGAAGAGACCCGCUCUACAAUUUCCAGACCUUGCCUGGCUUUCGGUACCGGCUGGUAGUGGUGGCUGAGGAACGGGUAGGGGAGAAUUGGGUCGUGCGUUCUGAGAACGACCUGAGCACCUUCUCCCCUUUCGACCAGAGUGGGGUCCGUGAGAUCAUCUGCCGGGUGCGGGCCGAGUAUGAAGGGAGGGCACCCCGCCGCCGCACCGCUCGAAUCUCCACGGCCACGAGACCGCGCCGACGGGCCCCACAGCCACCCUCACCAACACCACCUUACUCCCCGGCGACGCCUACAACACCACCACCAGCGAUCCCAUCGGCACCAGUGGAAUACAGCCCGGUGCCGAUGAGCGACUCACCAGCGUCACCGGUGGAGUAUUCACCGAGGUCACCGUCCCCCGCACCACCUCCCAGUCCAGCCCAGAGUCCGUCGCUGUUGGUGGCAGCCACGUCAUCACCACCGAGACCAGCAGCCCCUGCAAGACCCCCACCACCUACCAUCCGGUUUGCAGGGAGGACUCCACCACCACCGAGACCAACCCACGCACCGGUGGCAACUCAUCCCCCGAGGAACCACCCUAUGACUGUCCCUGGCUGGGCAGAUAGGGCGGUUCCCAUCUGGUUUAAGUGUCCUGUCUGCUGGCAAGACAGGGUACACUCUGGAAUUACGUGUAGGGGAUGUGGGCAGCGCCCAGCUUGCUGCUCGUGCGUGGAAGAGUUACAGGAGCGGCGACACACCCGGGGACGGUGCCCGUUAUGCCGGUUUACCGGAAGCAGGGAAUGAAAAGUCGGUCCUUAGGACCAAACGGCCCUUUUCAGGGCCACCAACUUUUUUGAAAAGACACUUUUUAU